AUGAGCGCUAGUACGGUCAACCUAUGCGGCUCGGUCGACUUCACCAAAUCGAAUAUACAGCUCACAGACAAUCAAGCGAAGACAUGGCGGGAGAGGUCCAAAUGCCAAUUAAAAAAGGUCAAGAACGUGAUCCGAGAGACCACGGUAGAGCCGUGCCUGUUUACGUACAUGCUCUGUACGGCGCUGUCUUCACUAGCAGUACAGAAUAUGCACUUGGAAAAAUCGUGCAGAGUCAACUUCAACUAUUCAAGUGACAUAUGCGAUAGAAUAUCGAAUAGAAACACGACCGGGCUGGAUGAAGAGCUGAACAACGUCCAAUCACUGGUGGCUAAAGUGGUAGCUUGGAAGUUCCCUCUACAAACAGCUAUACCAGCCGUCAUAGUUUUAUUCGUGGGAGCCUGGAGUGAUAGAACGAAGAAGCGGAAAGUAUGCAUUCUCUUCCCGUUUAUCGGGGAGAUAAUAGCGAACAUAGGACUGUUGUUCGCGACGUACUAUUUUUAUGAGCUAUCGUUGAUCACGACUGCCUUGAUAGAGGCGCUGCCCGCGGCGUUUACUGGUAGUUACAUCAUAAUGUUCAUGGGAAUGUACAGUUUCAUGGCGGAUAGAACGACCGUAGAAGACAGGACUUUUCGUCUGGGCGUUGUCACUAUAUGUGUCAGCCUUGGUACACCAGCAGGAACCGCGAUAAGUGGUAUAGCUUUGAAGGCCUUAGGUUACUAUGGUGUGUUCUCUUUGUUACUGGUUCUACAUAUUUGCUCCUUACUCUAUGGUUUGUUUAAGUUAGAAGAUGUGCUACCUAUAGAUGAUAAUAGGAGUUCUAAUCGUGAGAACGACUGUAACAAUAGGGUGUUAGAGGUGUUCGGUUUAGUGGCAAAUACAGUGAUGGUGGCUAUACGCCCGCGUCUAUAUGAACUUAGGAAGCAGAUUUUCUGUGUGAUCAUAUUGUAUCUUCUGAUGGUGGGACCGUUGUACGGGGACUCUCAAGUCGGCUAUCUUUACGCGAUUCGAAAGUUCAACUUCGAUGAAGUGGAAUAUAGUAUAUACGGAACCAUCAAUAUGACGUUGGGGCUUAUAGGUACUUUAUUCUGUAUAUCAAUACUUAGUAAAAAGUUCAACGUCCAGGACAGCGUCAUUGGUGGUUUGGCAGGUGUGAGCAGGAUAGCUUCAUGUUUCGUUUUCGCAUUUGCUCCAACCAGACAAUGGUAUUAUGCAGCACCAUUGUUCAAUAUAUUCAGCAGCUCCGGCCUAACUGCUGUUAGGUCGAUCGCUACGAAGACGGUUCCUAAUGAGGAAGUGGCCAAGCUCAGCUCUAUAAUCGGGGUGAUGGAGGCUUUGGCUCCGUCUAUAUACAUGCCCACGUCGAGUUAUAUCUACGUUAUGACGAUACAGUAUUUUCCUGGUGCGUUUUACUUGUUCGACGCAGCACUUACCGUUCUGGCUUUGGGCUUAUUCACGAAAAUAUAUCUACUAGUGAAGAAGCGCGAUAAAGUCACAGAUCCGAGAAGGAAAGAAGAAUUUGCGAGGUCGAAUGAAAUAUCCCGUUUCUGA